AUGUGCUCAUCCGAUAUCUUCCUCGGCUUGAUCGCCAUCCUCUUUCCUCCUCUCGCAGUCUGGGUAAAACGCGGCCUCUGCUCCGUCGACUCCCUCAUCAACAUUCUCCUCUGCAUGCUCGGAUUCAUCCCGGGACUCCUACACGCCUGGUACAUAAUUGCCAAAUUUCCCGAGCAAGACUAUGACUACGACAGUAUCCCCGACUCGGAAGGAGGCGCUCGUGUAACCUAUGUGGUGGUACAAGGACAAGGACCUCAUGGGGGAACCCAGCGAGUACCGAAGAAUGCGAGAGUCCAGCGUCAGCAACAGGGGUAUGGAACCACGGCUCCGAUGGAAGCGCCGACGGUGCAGCAGCAGCAGAAUGGUAGUUGGGCUAUUGCGGGAGAGGAUGCGCAGGGUGUCGCACAGGGGAGGGGUGGAGAGGGAAGUAGUGGGGGGGCCGUGCCGCCGACGUAUGCGGAGGCUGUUAAGGGGGAUCAUAAGGUGCAGUCGAGGGAUUAG